CUCUGGCCGAAAAUGGCUGCCUCUGAUGACACAACGCUUGUUAUAAAGAACCCUUCGCGGGCGAACCAGCACUUCAGCUUGCAGUUCCGCCUUGAUGGGACGAUUGCAGAGCUGCAACAGCGUCUAAGCGAAGCAUACGACGGAAAACCAGCACCGGCAGACCAAACGCUCAUCUAUGGUGGCAAGGUUCUAAAGGACCCAACGGCGAAGCUGAGGGACCUCGUGAGCAAGCAUGAUGCGCCUGAAGGACCGCACAGCAUCCAUCUGGUCAUCAAGCAGAAACCUGCAACCUCGGGAGCGCCCACCCCAGCUCGCAGUGGUCAGGACAGCGGCGCAGCGUCCUCCUCGUCCUCUUACCGGCCGGUGGCGCCGCUCCCGGGGCAGCAACUGGGUGGAGGUGCUGCAGGUGCAAGCACCUCCACACGGCCGGUCCUGCCCCCCACACGGAUGGCGCCCACCGCUUCUGGCAGCGCAGCAUCUGCGCCAAGUGGCGCCGCAGGCGCCAGCACCAGCGGCGCCGCAACGCCGGCCGGCCAAGCGGCCGCAGCGGCACAUGCCGCAGCCGGCCACGGCGGGGCUCCCCAAGUGGAGUUAGACGAGGCGGCUGCGGCUGCCGCGCUGCUUCAGGCGGGCUGGGGCGGCGCGGCGGGCUUCCCAGGCCUGCUGGGCGUGCUGCCAGCGAACCUGUUCGGGGCGCACGGUGUGGCCGGCGCGGGGGCCGCCUUCGCGCCAGGCUUCCCCGGCUUCGCCGGCCGCCAACCCGCCGCCCCAGCGGCCGCCCAUCCCGCGGCAGCGCCUGGAACCGCAUCUGGGUCGGCCACGGGGACGGCGGCACCGGCCGCAGCCGCGUCCACGUCUGCACCUGCACAGGCGCAGGCGCAGGGGCAUGGUAUGGACAACGCCGCGGCCGCGGCAACGGCCGCGGCGCUAGGUGGCAUGGCCUUCACGCCCUACUACAACCCUGUGGUAGGGGGCGUGUACCAGGCGGCCUACAGCGCCGCGCUGGCAGCGCUGGCGGUGGCCUCGGCAGCCGAGCCCGGCGCCGGGGCAGCGGCGGCCGAAACGGCAGCCGCGGUCGCAACGGGCAGCAGCGGUGGCGCUGCCGGCGCCGGUGCCGGUGCAAGUGGCGGCAAGGGCGCGGCCGUCGCUGAGUCAGAGGCGAGCUCGGGCGCGGGAGCGGGGCCGUCCACGUCGGCGCCUGCGGCGGAGGCCGCUUCGGCGGGGGUGGACCCUGCCCAGCAGGUCGCGUACGUGCCCAUGUUCAUUCCGGCAUACGGCCAGGUCGGCUACCUCUCCCCUUACGCCCAAUACGGCGCGUACCCCUACGCGCACGCCCAGAACUACUACUACCAAGCCAUGGGUGCCGCUGGCUUCCCCGCCUUCCAGGGCGCCGCGGGCACUGCCGCCCAGCCCGCUGGCGCCGGCGCCCAGGGCUACAGCAUCACCAUGGACCCGCACCUGGGCAUGACGCUAAAUAGAGGUCUGGGACCCGGAGGCACGCCGCUGACCGCCGCGAACCUGAACGAACUUCUACAGCAGCUGGACUACCAUACUGCGGCGGGGGCCGCGGUGGCGGCUGCGCGGCGGGCGGCCGGGCGCGACGGCGUGGCGGCUGCGGCGGCUGCGGCGGCCGCGGCGGGAGCAGCUCGUGAAGGGGAGCAAGCCCGGCAGCGGCGGCGCGUGGUGCUGGCGCCCAUGGCCAUGGCCGUGGGUAACGACCAGGCGGCGGCGCGCAACGGCGCGGCGGCGGCGCUGCGGGCGGCGGGCGCGCGGCGGCCGCGCGUGUUCACCAUCCGCAUCAGCGCGCGGGUGCUGCUGCAGGUGCUGGUGUUCGCCAUGGUGCUGUACCAGCACUACACGUGGCACCGCUUCCUGGCGCUGCUCAUUGGCGGGCUGGUGCUGUGGAUCACCUCCACUUGGGCGCCCUUCCGCCGCCUCAUGCGGGGGAUCCACGCCAUGCCGCAGCCGCGGCCAGGCGGCGGCGCCGCGCCGGCAGCGGCAGGCGGCGCCGCUGGCGGCGGAGCGGGCGCGGCGGCUGGCGCCGGUGGGGCGCCGGCGGCACAGCAGCAGGCUCAGCGCAGGGGCGUAUUUGCUGAGAUCCUGGUGUUCAUCGUGGGCUUCAUCACCUCGCUGCUGCCCGCGUGGAAUUUCAACCCCGAGGACGCGGCGGCGUUCGCGGCGGCGCAGGAGAUGAUGGCGGCGGAGGAGCGCCAGCGCCAGCAGCAGCAGGCACAGCAGGAGGCGCAGGCGCAGGGCGAGGCGGAGGGCGGCGCAGCGCCUGCUGACGCCGGGGCAGCGGCGGCGGCGCCGGCGGCACCGGCGGCGCCGGCAGAGGGUGCGGCUGUGGCGGCUGGGGAGCAAUGAGGGAGGGAUGAUCUGUGCACACGUUUCAGAAAGGGUCAGCUACAGCUACACGACGCGCAGGUGAGGCGAGAGCGAGAGUGCGGUUACGGAUGCCGAGGGCUAGGGCUGUGGCUGAUGGUUGUAUGACAGGCGCGGAGCACCGGAUGAGGGCAACUAUGGCAAUGUAAUCAGUAUCGCAGGCAGUUGUGAUUUUGGCAGGGCUCAGGAUGGCACAGGAGCGAUCAGUGGCAUGCGCUUGGUCGUGGUACGAGGCCAGCAGAGGUCGUCGACCUGUCGGGAACUGGCAGGACAACUCGGGGCACGGGGCCAACCUGUGGUGAAUGAAGUGCAGGCGUGGUAGCAUAGUAGCGCGGAAGGGGGCUUCUCUGCUGCCGGAAGGGGGCGUACGAAGAAACCCGCUCCGGGCGGCCGGGCGGUGGUUUUGGCGCCAUGGAACCCUGUCGGAGCCGGGCGCGGCAAGCUACGCCGCGCCAGAAAGCUGCAAUGUAGAAGCUAAGGUACUA